CACGACAAUCCUUAAUAUCCGCUUUCUCAACAAGGCUAAGGACCUAGUAUUUUUCACAAUGUCAGUUUUAGCGAAAGAAUUGGGUGAUGAUUUUCUAUGUUGCGUUUUAUGUCAGGAAUUACUUAAAGUUCCAAGACUUUUGCCCUGCCUACAUUCCAUUUGUAGUUCAUGUGCAAGUUUCAGGCUAGAUAAAAGUGAUAAGUUCAUUAGCUGCCCGAUAUGUGAAGACAUGGUGACCAUUUCAAAUUUUGAAAAUACAUAUCUAAAUCCCUGGUUAAAGAAUAUCAUAAGUGUUAUCAAAAUAACUCAAAACUCUGAAGGGAAAUUCUGUUCUUUUUGUGAGUUGAAAGGUGGAUAUCAAGAAGCUGUUGCUACAUGCCUGACAUGCUUUGACCUUUUAUGCAAAACGUGCUGGGAAAGUCGACACACAUUUACAACUUUGACAAAAGAUCAUCAUGUGGUCUCUAUUGAAGAAGCGCAAAGUGGAUGUUAUGAUUCGGAGAUGAGAUCAAAUCAAACUAUAUGUUGUUCCGUCCACAAGAAGGAGUAUUACAAAUUCUUUUGCAAGACCUGUGAUGUCCCAAUAUGUCGAGAUUGCACAGUUUUACAACACAGAUCACACGACCACAUUUCACCAAAAGACGCCCUAAAAUAUUCUGAACUGUGUUUACAGAAAGAAAUAGACCGCGUUGAAAAGGGUAUUAUUCAACUGAAGAUACAACAAUCUGAACUUGAUAAACAAUCAAAAGAUUCUGAAAACUGUGAAGAAAAUUUGAGAAUUCAAAUUGAGACAACCUGUAACAGCAUGAUAAAUAAAAUCAAUGCUCAGAGGAGAUCGUUGGAAAGAAGUUUGACUCAGUCGCUUAAAAACCCUAAGGAAAAAACAAAAUUAAAAACCGAACUGGCGAAAAACAAAAUAAGACUACUCGAAAGGACCACAUCGUUUUGUAAAUUCUUGCUUAAAUAUGGAACAGACUUUGAAAUACUGAGUCUGCAAAGUUUAGUUAUGAGAAGGGUUAAACAUACUUCAGUUAAACUUGAUCAGUGUCCAUCUUCAGAAAACAGAGUAACAAUGCCAAGGUUAUCUACAAGUUGGAAGGAACCGGAUUUUAAAUUGAUUUUUGAAAAUGGACUUAAUGCAGUGGAAAACGACACAUUACCAAUGGAAACAAAAAGCGUACAGACAGACGAAGAAGAAAAGAACAAAACUGUAAUGGGUAUAUCUCAAAGUGAUGUUGGUAUACAGUGCAACAUCAUAGAGCGCGAUAUACUAAAGGGGGAUAAAGCCGUACAAACUUGCCGGUAUAGCGAUAUGAUUAUACAAUGUUCUUUGCUAGCAACUCGUUGCUUUGUUAACUUACAAACUCCAAAAAUCAGUUGUUUAUCAUGGAUGACUAAUGAAUCUUUUAUUGCUGUUGACCAGUGCAAUAGCAAUGUAAAUUUGUGCUUUUUGGCGUUUUCUGGAAAUGGUAUGGUAUUGGAAAACUGUAUUAACUCAACAGUAACUAGCUGGUGUAUAGCAAUAAGAACAGGGUCUUCAGAAAUAAUUGUUUUGGACCACAAUUGGAGCAAAAAGAAUUGUGUAUCUAAUGUAUCUGUCUUAUUCGCUACUCCGCCACUUUCGAUUCUCCUUGCCUGUACUACAAAUUACGCCAUUUCGGUCUUUUCGCAUGGUAUGACACUUUUAAAAAGGCUGGAGUUUACUGAUACAAAAGGAAAUCCCUUAGUUUUAAAAGAUCCACGAUUUGGUUGUAUCUUUUCCUCUGGUAAAUUUGCAGUGUCAGACUUCGACAAUGACUUUGUUUUCAUAUUUGACGAAAACGCCCGAUUGUUCCGCAAGGAAUUUUGUUUUCCCGGUCCAAUAGCCAUUGACAAAGAUGACCUGAUCUACAUUGCUGAUUUUUACGAACAUCGUGUCAUUGUGACAAAUUUUGAAGGAUCCCUCAGGAACACAAUUAAUUUGUUACCUCAUGUGUCUCAUCCAAGAAGCAUCUCCAUCAGUUCUGACUACAAACUUGCUGUUGCUUUUAGAAACAGCGUUGCCCUAUUCCAACUAAGAAUAGAAAACGUUUCAUAAAUACAUUGUAAAAAUUGAUUAUUUCAGGGAUCAUAAUUGUACAAAAAUGAAACUAAUAAUCAUAGAAUUAACAAUAUAAGAUAUUAUGUCACUUAAUAGUUUAAAUGCGUAUAUAAAAAAAUGAGGAUGCUACAUAAUAUAAAUUAAUCUAAUUUCAAAUUGUGUUUUAUAUGUAUUUUAAUGCAUGUUCUGUAAUUGAAAACUGAUUUAGUACCUACUAGAGGAAAAUCAAACUGAGAGUUAAUGUUCCCUUUAAGUCAAUAAGAUUGAUUGUAACUGAACUACCCGCGAAUUUGCUUUAUCUAUAUGCAAUGUUUUAACUGUCCUGGUACAAUCACGUCAUUUCAUAAUAAUAGGUGUAAAUAAAUUUAUAUCACUCCAUGAAAUUAUUUAUGUUAAGGGGCAUUUUUAACUAGGUCUUGAAUAUUUUAUUUCAAGCGUUUUCGCUUACUGUAAAUCGUAUUACAUUUGGCGUGCAUUAUAUUUGGUGGAAAAAAGUUGAUGAAUUUAUGCAUUUAUCGAUGUACUUAAUUUAGCGGAAACCGCAUUACGCCAAAAACGUCAAAUACAAUACACAGCCAAAUUUAAUACGUUAACAGUAUUUCAAUCCUCUGAAAAUGAAUUUCUUGACUCCUUUCAAGUUUAAGUUCUUUAGAAUGAUAAAUUGUAAUUAAGAAGGUUGUGUGGUUAUCAAAUUAAUCAUUAAAUAUGUCUUUUAAUGCGAUUUUUAGCUAUUAACAUUUGUGUAGCAUAAAACAUGUCUUUGCAGAGAUCCUCUUUUCAAAAAGAAUAAUGUAUUUUAGAACUAUCCACGACUCACACAUCUCAAUACAAAAACAUAUCUCUUGUUUCAGGGAAAAACCUUUGACUUAAGGUUUUGUGUUAAUUAUCAGAGCCUUUAGAAGCAUGCAAAAUACAACUGUGUACAUUCUUUUCAUAACCUUUAUUAGAAAUUUUACACAAAACUUUUUUACAAAAGCAAGUCUUUCAGGGCAGCUAACAGGAUAUCUGGUAUAAAACAUGAUUGUAAUUUUUACGAAAUUUCUCUAUUGUUCAAACAAUUUUAAGGAUAAACUUUGAAUAUGGGUGUAACGAAUAUUGGUCAAAUUUUCACCAACAUUGUAUUUUUUAAAGUGCGUGCCAUUUUAUUUCGAUGUAUUUUUUCUGUCCAUUCACUAUCAAUGGUAAUGUAAUUUUUGAAA